AUGGCAUCCAGCACCAGGCGAGGGUUCCAGCAGAUGGUGCCAAACAAGGAGAUUGUUCCCGGCAUAGACAAUCUCGUCUUUGAGUACAAACCAAGCCAUCCUACUUUGCAACUGGGUCAAGCAAUCUCUCUAGGCCUUGGUUUGAACAAAUCCAGGGGUGGGAGCGAGAGCUAUGUUUAUGCUCCAAAGCCCGCUCAGGCGUCCGAAACAGCCUACUACUUGCAGGUCAUACCUCAGGACUUUGACCACUUAUUCGUGCCCCAAUCUAGAGCCAGCGUCUCUUCGGUUUUUGUCUCCGUUUCUCUCGUCAAGGAUCUCAUCAAUGGUGAGAACAAUGACUGGACCGAAAAGUGUUCUUCUACUAGCAACAUUUUUUCCAUGGACAUGCAUGCAGCGGUGGAGAAGAACUGGAUACAAAAUACGAAACCGACGAGUGCCAACGAAACAAGGCUCAAGCAUUUCAAAGUGUGGGUGCGAGACAAGGAUGGUAAAUCGAUCAAGGAAACCCUCAAGGUCGAUGAGAAAGGCUCAGCUGCGCCAUUUUGGUCAAGUUGGGUCAAGAAGAGGUUUUCCAUCCCAAGUAAAGGCGGGAAGCCACCUCGAUGCACCAACUUUGAACUCUUGGAACCAUUGUAUAUCGUUCCGGUUACAAAGGUUAAACGCUUGUUGACGGCGUUGGAAGAGUGCGUAGAGCUGGUUAACCUAGACAACGGCGGAGACCACCUCAUCCUAACCAAAACGCCUCCAAAUCUGGACUACAUGCUGAUGUCAGUCGAUCCGUUUGGCAUCUUUAGAACCUAUAUCCACGUCAAUGACUGGGAUGCAUGGAUGACCAACGUUGGAUCCAAGGCUACCAGCAAACCCAAUUCAAUCCGGGACUUUAUCUUCGAUGGCACUGCAACAAUGGACAAGUGCUUCGAUGGCAUCGCAGAAGAAUACGAAAAGAUUUUCAUGGCCCAGGGAAAUGGAAGUGUACACGGCAAGCCAGCUGCUCUCUCGAAAAAGAAAAAGGCGCAGGCUCUUUCAAAGCGCUUCCACGCUCGCUUCUCGCCAAAAGGAAAUAUCGAAACACAUGAGAAUUCUGUUGGCAUGUCGGUAUACCUGGAGGCACAGAAGAUUUUGGACGCUGUGAAUAAGCGGACUGGUGAGGAUAGUCAGAAGACGGUCAUGGGCAACGUGUCAGCGCCUGAGGCAAAUUCGCUUAACUGGGCCAAGGAGAUGGUAAUUUUUAGUAACGCCGAGUGGCUGCACCUAUCAGGCUUUGCAUACGGAGGCUUCAUGAUGACUGGAUAUGAGAGUGGAUGGUCUACCAGUCAGAACCCCCACAAUCUCGUCUUUGGCACCUCUGAGACCAACUCUCUCAUGACACGUUAUGAAGCAGCUUGGCAGUCAUUUAUUCUGUACGAGUAUGAGCUACAGAAGAUGAACAAUAUCGUUCAGCUCGUAGAUACGAAGCAGAAAUUCCCUCAAAAGAUGUCUCACAUGAUGUCUUCUGAUGGGCAACUCGUGAUUCGAACCAACGUCCCGGGAGUCGAUCUCGAGUACGAUUAUUGCGACAUGGCCGGUGCAAGGAAAUACAAGAGGAAGAGGUUUCCUCUAUGGGACGAACAAAACGCCCAGGCUCAGAGGAAUGACUUUAAACAAGUACCUGGAGGUGCAUUGUCUGAUGCAGACAUGCGCCAGGCUGCAAAAGACUACUUCUUCAUUGCGCAUACAAUCGAGUACUCCUUGUUGUAUGAGCAUGUGUCCCACUUACUCAAAAGACCCGGGUUCCAGCAGACGGUCUACUUCUACCCCUUUUCGCGCCCGCUUCUACACAAGCUUGAGACGGACCUCGACCGGAAACUCUUGGCCCACCUUUAUCGGUCCGCGAAGCAAGAUCUCGUCGAAGAUUGGAACGACUUAGGACCAGUUAAAACCCCUGGGAGCAAAGCUGCCAAGUCUGCAAAGAAGGGCAAACCCCGUAUUGGCCUUACUCGCGCAAAGGCAGCGAGAAAGGCAGCUGAAAAGAAGAAUUUAAAGAAGAUGGACACGGAGUCAGAUGUGCAGUACGCCGACUUUGAAGGCUACGGCGAUUUUCGCGAGCUGAUAAGUGACCUGAAUUUGGGAGCUCUGGGGGAUUUUGACAACUUUCAAGACAUGAAGACGAUCACAGACUUUGGAGACUUUGGUCCUUCUGCGAAUAGGGAUGAUAGCGGGUUUGGAGAUGUGGAGGAUAAUAAGGAGGAUGGGGAAGAGGACGUGGAGGGUGGAGAGAAUGAGGGGACUAAUAAAAGGAGACUGUUGGAUAACUCUUUCAACGGUUCUUUGUACAGUCGAAUCGAGGCUUGGAAUGCCCAAGGGAAGAAGGACCAGGAGAGGAAGUUGGGGGAAAUGUAG